AUGCCACUACAGCCUGCAAUCAGAGAGCUGGAUGGGAAGCUGCUAUAUCAAGGGAAUAUCGACUACAGGCUUUCCAUGAAGGAAUUCAUGGAUGUGACAUCCUCAUGCGUAUCAGAUAAGCAUUGGAUGAUGGGAACCCUUUUCCUAAGAGACCAAAUCAUCAAAGUCUGCAGUUACAACCCAGAUGAUAUUAGGACAUUAUCUUGGUUCGCUGCCCAAGACAUGCAGUGUUUCCUCGAGAUCUUAACUGGGAGUAAUGAGUUAGUACAGGACAAAAUCUCCCACGAAGACCACGAGAAUUUCCAAACAAUUAACAUCGAAACCCUUUGUGAAAAGCUGUUUCCUGGUCUCCUCUCGAUAACUCUUCAAUCGGUACAUGAAUUCUUGAGUGGAGGUGAGGUGUCUCGCGGGGAAUACCAUACUACCUCAUAUGACACCGAGGCAAUGGCGACAAUAGUCAAAGCUCUUGUACAGUUGGCGUAA